AUGACGCCGGAUGUUUUUGACAGUAAAAAAACUGCCGUGUUGGCCUCCCGGACGUUCAAGGACCAACACGGACCACCCGGACCUUCAAGGAUGCCCAAGGCGCCAACACGGAUCUCUCCCCGGACCACCCCGGAUCAGAUCCGGGAUGGUCCGGGAUCUAUAUGUGACUGGGGCUUUACAGGAAAACGUUGUGAACUUUUAUUGGUGAUGAACGCUUGGAAAUGGAGUAUGCCGAUGAGUGGAAUGCCGAAUGCCAAUGCCAUCUCCAAACACCGUUCUAAAAAGAGUAGCGUAAAUGAUGAUAUAGAGGACAGUUCUAAGCUCAGACGGGGCAUUCCAGUAGCACACAGUAUCUAUGGUAUAGCACAAACUAACAACUCAGCCAACUAUAUGUACUUCCUAGGCCUGAAGGAAGUAAUGCAGUUUGAUCAUCCUGAUGCAAUGAAAAUAUUUACAGAGCAGCUAGUCUUAUUGCACCAAGGACAGGGUAUGGACAUCUAUUGGAGAGACUCCUAUACAUGCCCCACAGAGGAAGAAUACAAAGAGAUGGUCAUAAAGAAAACUGGAGGUCUGUUUGGUUUAGCUGUCAGGCUCAUGCAACUGUUCAGCACAAACAAAAGUGACUUCAAACCCCUGAGUGACAUCCUAGGCCUGUACUUCCAGAUCCGAGAUGACUAUGCCAACCUCUGCUCCAGGCAGUACACUGAGAACAAGAGUUACUGUGAGGACCUCACCGAGGGCAAGUUCUCCUUUCCUUUGAUCCAUGGGAUCCGCAGUCGACCCGAGAACACACAGGUUAUGAGUAUCCUAAGACAGAGGACGGAAGACAUGGAUGUCAAGAAAUACUGUGUAGACCUGCUAGAAAAGUUUGGUUCAUUUGAAUAUACAAGAACAGUGCUCUUUGAUCUAGAAAAGCAGGCUUAUCAACAUAUAACAAACCUAGGAGGAAACCCCAUCUUGGAAUCCAUCUUGGAAGAACUUGGAAAACUCAUACGGCAUAGGGAUCAAUGACGUUUGUCCACCUGUAACAUCUGAACUUCCAUCUAUGACCGUCGUGUGUUAUUACAGGUGAAUCUACCAAUGUCAAAUCUCUUUGGAACACUGAAAUCUAUUUGACUUAGGUACAUUUACAUAAUAAUUUAAAUAAUACAUGAUUUGCAUAUUCUGGUGUGAAAAGAAUACUUUUACUGAGGCGAUUCUUCGACUUAUGGAAGGUCUACUUAAAGCAGUUCUACUGUAUUUGUAUUGUAUUUGAUGCCACCCAGUGAUUGGUGGUGAUUUUUUUUUACCUUAUGGCUAAGAAAGUAUGAAUGCUUGUAAGCAAAAAACCAGAGGAACGACAGCUUAAGGACCUCUCCGAGGAACCUGGUAAUGAGGAUUAAUGCUUUACCAAAGGGCACUAGCGCACCAAGUAGGAAUCAAACCUGGGUCACCGGAAUCUGAAACCCCUGCUCUACCGACUGAGCUAUAUUUGCCAGUGCAACAGGCAAGAAGUGAACCACCCUUUGCCUCAGGUAUACCUGACCUAGUUGUGAAGAUAGACAAUCUCACCUUAGCUUUCCUUACUAUACUAUAGGACUUGGAAAGGGCAAUUGGUUGUAGUGUAAGGUGGACAUUCAUCUACUGAGGAUCACUAUUUGACAUCCUAUCUGAGGAACAUAUGUUUAACUGGGCAUCACAUGUAGCCGUGCUAAAGUAAAGGGGCAAAUUGAUACACAGCACAGACUUCAGUCAUCUGCCUGGGUUUUUAAUUUGGUGUCUUGAAAGGCACUUGUUCAUUGUAUGUUUUCCUGCACAGCAUUGUUUCAGGAUGUGUCUAUAGUACAAGUUUGGAGAUUCUUGGGACCAAUACUAAUAUCAGUAUAAAAAAUGCUUCCUUGGAUCAGGGUCAAUAAAGUUAAUUUGUAUGUGAAGGCAAAGGGGGGGGGGGGAUGGAGAAGUUACUGUUAGAUUAAUUCAUAUCUCCCAUUGAGAUGUGUGCAUCGUUUUUUUUUUCAAUAGGAUUUUCUGGCUAAUGUGUUUUUAUUCAUUGGAAAUUGUAAAUUUUAGAGUCUGUUUUUACAAUAUUUUUGCUGAUCCACUUAGCAUGUACUGAGUUACUGCAGAUAUUGUGCUAUACAGAUUUGCUCUUUGUGUGCUGCAGUUGUUCUAUAAAUUAAAAAUAUCUUUAGAUUUGCAAAGCUUAAGUAAAUCAAAAUCAUGCUGCAAAUCAUUUGAUCACAAUUCAUGUAAUGCAGAAAUUCUGCC